CAUUUUCAACAUCGACGAAGCGUUUGGAAGAUGAGCUGGUUUGGCCGAGGCAAGAGCGCUGCGCCCGCGGAAGAGACCCACUUCGCCGAGGAGUCGUCGUCCUUCAUGCACGAAGAGUCGGCGCCGACCAACUUUGCGCCCAUGUCCAGCGGCACGAGCAUCAACGACAUUGUCAUGGAGGAGCAGCGCAAGGUGCUCGUCCAGCAGGCCAUUGCGAGCAUGACGGCCAUCGCGUGGGACAAGUGCAGCGCGUCCAAGCCCGACACGCAGCUCGCGAGCUCCGAGAUCUCGUGCAUCCACAACGUCGUCGCGUCCUAUCUGGACUCGAGUCAGUUUAUCAUCCGCAAGCUCAACAGCUCCCGAUAAACGACCGACAACACGAGAGCGUAGCGGACCUGGAAUGGACGCUCGCGUUCUUUGCCGUCCUU